AUGGCGCCGGUCUAUAAGAUCGCCGUCAUCCAGAUGUGGCCCAAGCCGCUCUCCGCCACCGAAAACUUCCAAACCGCCAGCUCCUACAUCCGCUCCGCCGCCUCACAAGGCGCCCACCUCGCCGUCCUCCCCGAAUAUCACCUACUAGGCUGGGUGCCGCACGAAGCCAGUUUCAGAUCCCUCUGCUCCGACUGGGCGACGUAUCUUGAAAGAUACCGGAUUCUCGCCCGAGAGUGUCGGAUCAACAUCGUCCCCGGGACACUCCUCGAAUUACACGAUGAGCACACUCCACGCGAGCGGCUCCUCAACGUCGCGUAUUUCAUCGACGACAAGGGCGCCGUCGUCGGGAAGUACGUGAAGAAGAACCUCUGGGGUCCGGUGGAAAGGCUACAUCUCACGAGUAGCGCGAGCGAUGCACAUCCCGUAUUCGAGACGCCGUUGGGUCGCGUCGGGUUGCUGAUCUGUUGGGACUUGGCGUUCCCGGAGGCGUUCCGGGAGAUGAUUGCGCAAGGGGCGAAGAUCAUUGUGAUUCCGACGUUUUGGACUCUGAAGGACAGCGGGGAGAAAGGAGGCAAGAUCAAUCCCAGUGCUGAGACGCUGUUUCUGGACAGUAUCCUCACGGCGCGGGCUUUUGAAAACACUUGUGCCAUCGUCUUCGCCAACGCCGGAGGUCCGCCAGGCGAAGGCUAUGCUGGUCUCUCACAGAUCUGCGUGCCAUUCGCAGGACCACUGACUCGUCUGGGUAGUUCCGCGGAGGGCAUGGCGAUAGUGGACGUGGAUAUGCAGAUCAUCGAAGACGCCGAGGAGAACUAUGGGGUGCGUGCGGACCUGGCGAGGAGCGAUUGGCAUUAUGACUAUCGACACGACAAGUCAGACGAUGUCGAUUUACAAAGUUGA